UGAAAGCAAAGAGUAGGUAACCUGUGUAAUAACUUAUAACUUUGAAAUGUAAUGCCUGAAAUGACGAGUUUUAAGGUUUACAUAAGUUUAAAAAGUACAUUUGUUCAACAAUUUAUUUCUUUAAUUAAGAAUGGAAGAGGAACCGCAGAAAAAACUGUUAGCAGUGGAUGCUUAUACACUAUAAUUAUUAUUUUAAUUUAAUCUUCGAAAACUGUUAACGCAAAAAAUAAUUUCAGAAUACUAACAAUCCCUUUUAAUAACAAUCAACAAGCUUUAUUAGUAUCAGAGGUUUUAAAUGUUGAUAAGGAAUUCAAAGGAAGUGGAAUUCAAAGAAUAAUUAGCGCUCAAGAAAAUAAUCUGCUUGUAACUUUUGUGGGAGCAGAUUAUAAGAAAUUAAGAGUGACUAUUAAUGCAUUAUUAAACAAUGUACUAUUGAUAGUAAAAACUAUACAAAAGUUUUCUAGUGUAUAAAACUUGAAUCAUGCCUGAGCACACUCCAGCCCCGACACCUUCAAGGUCUUUGUAUGGUUUCUUUAUGUUUGUAUUUAGUAAAAUAAUUUUAGCCAUAUAUUGUAUUUGGGCUAUUACUCCUGAUUACUAUCUUCAUUACCUAAAUAUAUAUUACUAUCCUCAGAAAUAUUGGUCUACUGCAGUGCCCAUCCAAUGUUUAGUGGCAUUAACAAUUUUUGCAUUUCUUGUUUAUCCUAGUUCAAAUUUAAUGUUAACAACUAAUAUUGAUAGUAUUAAAACUAUUCAAGAUUCUUUUAGUCAGUUCAACAAUGAAAUGUUUGAAACCCAUUACAAGACAUUAAAUAAUGUGUGUAUAUGUAAAGAUCAUGAUAAAUGUAUGAAGCAUAACUACAUAGCCACUCCAAAAGAGUUGAAAGAAAAUACUGUACCACAGUUAAAAGAAUAUAACAUAAGUUUUAUAUCUAGAAAAUUAUAUCUGCCUACAAAUAGAAGACUUUAAAUCAUUUAUUGUAAAAUUUGCAGCAAAAUAAAUAAAAUAUUUACUUAAUUUA